AUGCGGUCGCCCUGGAGGGCCUCGGGGGUGGCCAGGACGUUUAACAAGGACGUCGCCAAGGUGUUUGGCGAACUGAUGGCGCCCAAGCACGAGGAGACCUUCCCCAGGUACCAGACGCCGUUCGUGGACUACCUCAGGGUCAAGUGCAGGGGCGGGCACGGCGGAAGCCCGCUGCCGAACGUCAACCGCUCGCAGAAGCUGGCGGGGCCGGGCUACGGCGGGCACGGCGGGGAUGUCAUCCUCAAGCCGACGCACCUGGUGGAGAGCCUGCUGCACAUCGAGGAGACCAUCAAGGCGAACAACGGAGGAGACGCGGAGGGCACAAGUCGCGGGAAGCACGCCAAGCACACCACGGUCAAUGUGCCGCUCGGGGUCAUAGUCAGGAAGCGCAUCAAAACCAUGGCGGGGUACCGGAGUGUCUUCUGGCACCAGUUCCAGGAGGAACGGCACUCGAUAGUGGUGGCGCGCGGCGGGAAGGGGGGGCUGGGGCCGUCGACGUUCAAGAAGCACGACAACAGGCUGCCGGAGGUGGGGGAGACCACCCACAUCGAACUGGAGCUGAGGCUGAUAAACGACGUGGCGCUCAUCGGGAGGCCGAACGCCGGCAAGACCAGCCUCGUAAGCGCGCUGACGUCCUACAUGACCAGAAUCGGGCCCGAGGAGGGCUCCACCACCAGGCCGCACGUGGCGGUGCUGAGGUUCGUCGACGGGCUCGACGUCAGGCUGAUGGACCUGCCGCCAUUCUCAGCGGAAAACGAGCAGAUUUACGCGAGGAUAUUGCGGCACAUAUAUCGCACGAAGGUGGUGGCAUACGUCAUCAACGCAGCUGACGACCAAGGCGACCCGGUGGACACCCUGCAACAGCUGAGGGCCAUAGUCAAGGCGUCGAACAUGUACCAGCAAGACAAGACGGAGCUCGUCGUCAUGACCAAGUGCGACAUGUUCCACAAGGAGGCGCUCUACAACCUCGACAAGGUAUACUACAAGCUGCGGAACGAGACGCCGCACGUGAGGGUGGUGGGCACCUCGGCGACGCACAGGCUGGGGCUGCAGCGGCUGGUCAACACGCUCAGGGAGCUCGUUCACCCGAAGCAGGUGCUGUACACGCCGCGAGAAACGGUGGAGAGCCAGGAAAUCAAGUUCAUCAAACAACCGGACGAGCCGCCAGGUGAGAUCAUGGUGGGAUGA